UGGACAUUUACUAGAUAAACAUCAUAUUUUAUUCAUAUCACGCGCAUGAAUUAUAUCUAUAUAUACGUUACAAUUUUGCUAACCUUAUUAUAAUUAUCGAUCAUCAUCUUAGUGAUAGAAACAGGGUUUAUUACAAUUAUUAAUUAAGUUCUUCAAUUCAUUAUGGCAACGUACGAAUAUUUCUCAUAUUCACCGCAAGGCUGCUAUUACUCUUCCCAGAGAGGGGUGGCGAUGGUGUUGGCCAUGGGUUGUGCGCUGUUGCUUUCUCCAUUGUACGUUGACCGCCCAAGAUCGGAGAGCAGCCGCCGUUAUUACGAGACGAGGUGGAGCUCCGGCGGGCUGGUGCUACCUGCGGUGCUUGCGGGGCUGAUUGUCGCCAUCAAGACGGCGUCUACCGCCCAUGGAGGAAGAGGAGGUACGAGUCCUCGGUUUCCGGUUUACACGUCAUCGGCUGACGUGGACGGUGAUUGUUCUUCUUCUUCUUCUUCCCCUGCGUUUGGAAUCGGAAGAUCAACGUGGGGACUUGCUGGGAUCUUGGUCUCUCUCUUAUUUGCGCUUUCUUUCCAGUCUUCUCUCCGCCAAUUCUUUUGGUCAUAGUCUCAUAGACAUAAAUUGUUCUAGUAAUUUGUAAUCUGACAAAGCAAAAGGCCGGACAAGGAAAUAAGUUGAAUAUUCUGGCUUGCUUAUUCUACACUCAAGAUUUGAUCACAGAGCUCUCUUAAGUUUAGAACAAGUUUAGAUCACAAAAGGAUAUAUACUAAACAUCAACUACUAAGCUCUAAAUUAAAGAUAUGAAAACGAGUGGUAGAUUAAUACUUUCUUCCUUGCUUGAUGUUGAUGUGUUCAUAUAUAUAUGCUUCAUGCUUGUAAAACUCUUUUAGCUCCACACACUUAGCUUCCCG